AUGACCACACCCGCGCUGCAAGCUCGCGUGCACAAGCUCCUGAGCUCCCGCGCCGAGCUAGAGGCCACCAAGUCCCUGCUGUGUACACUCGUAACGGAGGACGGAACGUCUCUCGUGCAGCUCGACGCGUCUGCAAAUGCGGAGACGUCUUCAUUGGCCUCGCUCCGACGCACGUUGCGCUCGAGUCUUGAGAAGCAGCAGCUGUCGCUCGCGCAGAAGGCGCUGGAUGGUUAUGAACGCACUUUAGAACAUGUUUCAGAUUUGGCCGCUCAAGUCACUGCGCUCGAUGUGAAAUGCGCACAGAUUGUCGACUUUUUAGAAACAACGAAACAAGAAACGCAGCAAGUGCAGACUGAAGCGGCCGCUAUUGCACAAAAAAGGGACAAAGUGCACGAGCAGUGGCACGACGUCGAAGCGUUUCUGGAUCGAUACCACUUGACCGACGACGAAGUGCGCACUUUGUACGCAGAGGAGCUCAUGGAGGACGACAUGAACACUUUUGUCAGUACUUUGGAGCGAGUUCGACAAGUAAAAGCCGACUGCAAGGAACUUGUGGCGACGGAUGAAAUCCACUGCGGACUCGAGCUGCUGGAUGCAAUUAGCAAGUAUCAAGACGCAGGUUUCAAGCGGUUGUACCAAUGGACUGUCAACACUUGUGCAGAAAUCGACGGAGAACCAAGCAAUCUGCUGCAUCGAGCUAUUGUGCUUCUUAGGGACCGUGCUGAAUUUUACAACUACUGCAAAGAGAGUUUCGUGGCAUCACGACGUUCGUUGGUCGUGCGCCGGUUUCUCACGGCGUUGACGGUGGGCGGACCUCACGGUAUUCCACGACCGAUUGAAAUGCACGCACACGAUCCCGUGCGGUACUGCGGUGACAUGCUGGCGUGGGUUCACCAGACUAUUGCUACGGAGAACGAAUUCUUUCGCGUGCUCUUUGAUGGCGAUAUGGUGUUCAGUCCAUUGGCUGCUACCGGUUUGUCAGAGCUUCAUACCGAAGCGUUGGACGGCGUGAGUUCAGACCAUCACUUGCCGUCUACUGACGAACUACUGAAACAGACAGAUUCUGAUGCUGGAAACGGUAGUGAGUCGAUGGUUGGAUGCACGUUCGAUGAAGUCUCAAGGCCAUUGCAAGUGCGAAUCGAGCAGACGCUUGGCUCCCCACACGGUAUCGUAGUCGCCUAUAAGCUGGUCCACCUGCUAGCGUUUUACCAUUACAAGUUUGACCAGCUCGUAGCACGUGCUGAGGUCGCGCGUGCUCUCCGACACUGUCGUGAAGUCGCGAAUGAAGCGUUUCGUCGCCAGUUCCAGCAGCUUGUGGACAGCGUCGCCGCACCGAAUUAUACCGCCAACCUCGCAGCAACGCACGCAGUGCUGGAUGUUUCUCAUCGAUUGGUGGCGCUAUUGGAAGUGUUUCAGACCUCGCUGCUACCGGAGCAAGAGGAGGAAGCUGAUGUAGCACCUCUCUUUGAUAAGAUCUUGCCUGCAGUCGAGCUGAUGAGUCACCGCAGCGUGAGAGGUUUAGACCCUGUCGAAGUGCUUGUGUUUCGGAUCAAUAACUUUAGCUGUCUACAAGCCCCGCUGGCGCGGUUCCCUGAAGUGAUGAGAUGGUACUUGAAAUUAGGCGAGGAUCUGGAUGGCUGGCUGCGAGAAUUGAGUGAGCUGCAGGCCUCACGUGUGAUGGACCGGUGCCGUGUGUCCACGCUUGUUCGGCAUAUUAACGAAUUCCAACAAAGCUGUGGACCCGUAGAAACGAGGCCAGAUGCAUUGCCAGCGGAUAUGCCUGGUCUCGAUGGCGAAACGAUCACAAGCGUGAUGCGAGAUUUCUGUGCUUCACUUAGUGCACUGACGUUUCCACAGCUGGACAGCCUUGCUCAACCUGUGCUCUCUGACAAGGCCCGUGCAUUCACGUCUGCGACGCUUGCUAGCGCCUAUGCGCUUAUCUACGAGUUCGUGUACGACGCGAAGAACGGAUACACUGUCAGUAACGAACCGGCGUCGUUAACGUCAGUCUUGGUACCGUCAGCAGAAUCGAGCCAUUGUGUUGUUCUGUUGCACACGCCAGAUGAAAUUCGAGCGAUGCUUGAAAUCGAAUGA